AGGGCAUAGGGCUCAGGGAGACCCGUUCCCGCCUUGUACCAGCCCAGGACAACUGAUCAAGCUCCCUCUAAAGGGGGUCAUAUGGAAUAUUCUAUGGUGGCUGGGUAGAUACCACCUCACCUCUUGCUCAGGUGAGAGCUGGUAGCUCCUCCCUAUAAAUGUGCAUCUCAAUGCCUUUUCUCCGAGCGAGUUUUGCAAUAAGAGAGCUGUCUCUUGAACAGGUGGGACAGGAGUGACAGCUCCUUCACUUGCUGCUGCUGCUGGUGCUGGUGCUGGUGCGACAGGAGACAAGACAGGUGAGACCUGCGCCUCCUUCUGUCAAAAAAGGUUCUGAACUAAGGUAGCUGACGAGAUUUACCUGCGAGGACCAGAAACAUGCACUGCGCCAUCCAGAAGGCAGAAGUGCUGGAUGGGGCUCAUCUGAUGCAGAUUCUCUGGCAGGAUGGUACGGAGUCCUUCUACCCUGCUGUGUGGCUGAGGGACAACUGCCAGUGCCCCAACUGCUACCUGGAUUCUGCAAAAGCACGGAAAUUUCUCGUGGAAUCUCUUGAUGUGAACAUUGGUAUUAAAGACUUGUCUUUUGACAGAAAAAGGGUUCUUAUCACAUGGCCAAGCGAACAUUACAGUGAAUUUGAAGCUGACUGGCUGAAGAAGAGAUGCUUUUCACAGCAGGCCAGAGAAAAACUCCAAAGAGAAUUGUUUUUUCCAGAAUGUCAGUACUGGGGCUCAGAACUCCAGCUACCUACUCUGGAUUUUGAAGAUGUUUUAAAAAAUGAUGAGCAUGCAUACAAGUGGCUCUCCAGCCUCAAGAAAGUAGGCAUAGUGCGACUCACUGGAGCAUCCGACAAACGAGGGGAAGUUGUCAAACUUGGGAAAAGGAUUGGUUUCCUUUACCUCACAUUUUAUGGACAUACUUGGCAAGUGCAAGACAAAAUCGACGCAAACAAUGUGGCUUACACAACUGGGAAGCUCAGCUUUCACACUGAUUACCCAGCGCUCCAUCACCCACCUGGGGUUCAGCUUCUGCACUGCAUAAAACAAACAGUCACCGGGGGUGAUUCAGAAAUUGUAGAUGGAUUUAACAUAUGCCGAAAGCUCAAGGAAAAUAAUCCUCGGGCAUUCCAGCUUUUGUCCUCUACCUUUGUGGACUUCACAGACAUUGGAAUGGAUUACUGCGACUUCUCUGUGCAAUCCAAACACAAAAUUAUAGAAUUAGAUGAUAAAGGCCAAGUGAUUCGAAUCAACUUCAAUAAUGCAACGAGAGACACGAUAUUCGAUGUACCUGUUGAAAAGGUUCAGCCUUUUUAUGCUGCUCUGAAGGAGUUUGUGGACCUCAUGAACUGUAAAGAAUCCAAGUUCACUUUUAAGAUGAAUCCAGGGGAUGUGAUUACUUUUGAUAACUGGCGCUUACUGCAUGGCCGCCGCAGCUACGAAGCUGGGACUGAGAUAUCCCGCCAUCUAGAAGGAGCUUACGCCGACUGGGAUGUGGUCAUGUCAAGGCUUCGCAUCUUAAGGCGGAGUGUCCAGAAUAGAAACUGAAUCCCCUGCCUGUGAUCUCAGUAAGAUUCCCAUGAGAGUAUCUCGUCAGUUAAGCUAAGGAUAUUUGUCUUCACGGACCUGAUCCCUGUUAUUUACAUAUUAAUUUCUUUGGCAUUGAACGUGUCACCUUCCUCACGAGAGCUUUCUUUUCUUUGAAAUCACCUCCAAUGCCAACUCUUUAGAUGUCUGCAGCCGUGUUCUCUCUUUUUCCCAACAGAGCAUCCCUUCUGGUGUAGCGCAUGUGCGAUCUAAUUUCUGUUGCCCAUAAAUGAGUCUCCAGAAUGCCUACAAGUAGUGUUGUACCAAAUAAAACCUUUCUUCAAAUAACACCUUUUCUAAAGAAAGCCUUUGUUUCAAAUAAAGCUUGUUUCAA